AUGACCCAUGAAGCUGUCACAGGAACGCCUUUGCAGAUCGACAACCUGCUCUUUGACGGAAACGUCUACGACUUGAAAUGGGACGGGGGUAGGAGUUCCUGCUCUCGUGACGACUUUUGCCCUUCCAACCUGCCUACUCAGGACUUCGCUAUUUAUCUGAUAAACUCGGUCAAGUUCCGCUGUGGCCGCCUAUUCUAUCUCUUUGAUGAGGAAAGCUUUAUGAAGCAGCUCGCGAUAUUCCAUGAACACGGAGCUAAUCACCCGGGCCUAUCACGUCUCUGGUGUGUUCACUACCUAAUUCUCCUGGCGUUUGGGAAAGCAUUUGUUGUACAAACAACGAGAUCUCAAACUCCUCCUGGCUUGGAUCUUUUCGUCCAUGCCAUGAAGAUUAUGCCGGACUUCACGUUUUUCGAAUGCGACUUUGUUGAGAAGAUACAAGUUCUCUGCUGUGCAGCACUUUACUUGCAAUGCCUCAGUUGUCGCACGUCGGCGUACCGGCAUAUAUCCCAGGCCGUAGGCCUAGCACUUGAAGGUGGAAUGUAUACAGAGAUGCAAGGGCAAUACUUGGACGAAGCCUACGUCCAGAAGUGCCGUUUGAUGUGGUGGACCCUCUACGUGCUGGAGAGACAUAUGUCUACUCUCCUUGGUGUUCCCAUGUUCAUCAACGAUGAAAACAUAUGUACGCCUUUCCCUGCCCGCCCCGAUCAGGGACAGAGGACAAGUGUCAUGCACAUCCAAGUGAAGUUGGCGCAAAUUCUCGGGCAAAUCCAUCGCAGUGUUUACGGCAUUGACGGGCAACUGGACAGUCGCUAUCUAAGCGCCACAAAAUCGCUACUUCAAAGCAUAGCUAAUGUGGCUGGCCAGCUCAAUGAGCUCUUUGACAUCGAUUCUAGCGAGAACACAUCUGGCGUGUCGCGUGUGUCGGCACACCUUCAUCUCCAAUAUCACCAAUGCAUCGUGCUCACGACGAGGCCACUCUUAUUCAUCUUCCUACAGUCGAGACUCGGCCAGUCUCAUACGACCCCGUUACGUUGGGCGCAAUCUGAAAGUGUCAAAGGUCUUCUCCAAGUUUGCAUGGAGUCAUGUUGUCAGAGUAUCAAGAUUCUAUCGAGACUACUCAACCAAGGCCUGCUGGAAAGCUUCUUGACGUUUGAUCUUGAUGCGACGUUUACAGCAGCCAUUGCCAUAUCCAUGGGUGCUGCCAUUGAUCUCUCGCUGGUCCCAGACCAUGCUCAACUGACCCAACGAGCCCAUGCUCUCUUCGAUGAGAUGAGUUCACAUGGAAGCAAAAUUGCGACGAUGAUCGCAUCAGAGCUGAAGCAACUCGACGGAUAUUUGAGCCACCUCCAAGUCGACGGCGCUGAGAUCCUGCCCAUACAAGAUUUUCGCUCCGAUGUCAUAGCACAAAUGACCCCGGGCGGAACACUAGCUGGUGCUCCGGAAUUGGGCAUGGGGUUCACAGAUGACAUUGAUUUUGGGUUGCAUUUUGAAUUGAGCACUGAACAGCUCAUGCAGCUGGCUAAUUCAUUGGACGUCGAUAGCUUAAGUCGGCCUUUGUCAGCGGAUCAUCACGGAACGUAA